AUGUUGUCCUCUCUUCGCCGUGUUUCCUCGAUCAUCCCACGUGGUUCUCGAUCACUUACCUCGCAACAAAUUUUCGAGCGCGAGAAGAAGUAUGGAUGCCAUAACUACAAACCACUUCCAGUUGCUCUCGAGAAAGGACAAGGAUGCUUUGUUUGGGAUGUCGAAGGAAAGAAGUAUUUCGAUUUCCUCGCUGCCUAUUCGGCGGUGAAUCAGGGACAUUGCCACCCAAAGUUGCUCAAGGUUAUGCAAGAGCAGGCUUCGAAGCUCACACUCACUUCUCGAGCAUUCUACAAUAAUGUACUUGGAGAAUACGAGGAAUACAUCACAAAAUUGUUCAAAUAUGACAAAGUUCUUCCAAUGAAUACUGGUGUAGAAGCGUGUGAAUCUGCUGUGAAACUGGCUAGACGGUGGGCAUACGAUGUGAAAGGAGUGCCAGACAACGAGGCCGUCGUCGUUUUUGCAAGUGACAAUUUCUGGGGACGAUCGAUUGCAGCAAUUUCUGCGUCCACGGAUCCAGAUUCAUAUGGAAGAUUCGGACCAUUCGUUCCUGGAUUCAAAUGCGUUCCUUACAAUGACCUGAAAGCUGUGGAAGAGGCUGUCAAAGAUAAAAAUGUUGCUGCCUUCAUGGUUGAACCGAUCCAAGGAGAAGCUGGAGUCGUCCUACCAGAUCCUGGAUACUUGAAGGGAUGCGCAGAUAUUUGCAAGAAGCACAAUGUUCUCUUCAUCACCGACGAGGUUCAAACAGGACUUGGUCGCACGGGAAAACUUCUUGCUCAUUAUCACGACAAUGUUCGACCAGACAUUGUUGUUCUCGGAAAAGCUCUUUCUGGAGGAGUCUACCCAGUUUCGGCUGUUCUUUGCGAUGACAACGUUAUGAUGAACAUCAAGCCAGGGCAGCAUGGAUCAACGUACGGCGGAAAUCCGUUGGCUGCAAAGAUCGCCAUUGCCGCUCUCGAAAUUCUUCAGGAAGAGAAGCUCGUCGAAAAUUCCGCACAAAUGGGAGAGAUUCUUAUGAACAAAUUGCGAACGUUGCCAAAAGACGUCGUAUCGACGGUUCGAGGAAAAGGCCUCUUCUGCGCUAUUGUGAUUAACAAAAAAUAUGAUGCUUGGCAAGUGUGUUUGAAGCUCAAGGAAAACGGACUUCUCGCUAAAAACACACACGGAGAUAUCAUCCGAUUCGCGCCGCCACUCUGUAUCAACAAGCAAGAGGUCGAACAAGCUGCCGACAUCAUCAUCAAGACCGUAACCGAUUUUGCGAAGAGCAACUAA